UAUAUAUAUAUAUACACAUAUAUAUACACACACAUACACACACACAAAGAAAUGCUAUUUUUUAAAAAAAUUGUAUCUAUAUCUAUACACAUAUAUACAUACAUAAGAGACUGCAUUAUUUUAAAAAAGAAAUGUAUAACGGAUGGAGCUAGUAUGCUGAACGAAAUAAGAGAACCAUAUGAUUUCACUCGUAUGUGGAAUUUAAGAAACAAAAUAAACAAGCAAACCAAGAAACAGGCCUCUUAGCUAUAAACAACUAAGUGAUGAUUACCAGAGGGGAGGUAGGUGGGGCAUGGGUUAAAUAGGUGAUAAACACCAGAUGUUGUAUGGAAAUGUUGAAUCACAGUAUUGUACACCUGAAACUACUAUUACACUGUAAAUUAACUGGAAUUUAAAUUAAAACUUAAAAAGGAAAUAUAUAUAUAGAUUUUUUUUGAAGAAAGUAUUUUUCUUUGAUCUGAAACAAAACAUUUGACUCUUGAUUGAUUUGAUAAAGUGUGGCUCUCAGGCUUUUUUUUUUUUUUUUUUUUUUGAGUUUCCUAUAUGAAUAUUUUGAUUAUAGCCCCAAGAGAAAUUUUACUAAAACAGAAAUGAAGUUGGAAGAACUAUUAUUAUGCUAGUGAUAGUAAUGUAAUAGCUUGUAUUUUUUAUUACAUUUUUAAUUCUUUAAAGUAAUCAGCCAACACAGUGUCUUUUUUAUCACCAUAAUUGUCUAGUUUUAUACAUGAGACACCUGAGAUGAAGAGAGAAUAAGUUACAUGACAGAAUUCACAAGUAGUUAGAAAAGUUUAUACUACUGACUUUGAAUGCUUUUUUUAUUUAUUGAAAUAUAACUCAGAAAUCUUUCCUUUUUUCAUUCAAUAUUAAGCACUCAAACAAUGAGACUUCAAAAAUAAAGUCUGUGGUAAAUGUAUAGAAUAGUGAAUAACCUGGUUUGUCUGGAAGGCAAGGUAUUGGGGAGGGGGGUGGAAUAGUGAGAUCAGAUUGGAAAGGCAGUAGGGAGCCAUUGACUCUUCUUAAACUUUGGAUACCAUAAUAAAGCAAAUGCUAUUGGAUAUUUAGGCAGAAAUGAAUGGAUCAGAAAAAUGAACAAGACUAGAAGCCCAGACAAUAUUUAAUGAUGGCCUAAAGUAUUAAAAACUGAAUUAAGAGCCACCAUAGAAAUAGAUUCCCGGGAACCUGGUGAGGGGGAGAGAGUGGUCAAAAUGAUUCCUAGGUUUCAUAACUGAGUGCCUGAGAAAAAAGAAUGUUGGAAAAAAAAACAAAACAGGGUGAUUUGUUGAGGAAAAUGAUUUUAAUUUUGGACAUGCUGUGGUUGAAGUCUACAGGAUGUCCAGGUGGAAGAUGUAUAUAUAGUGUAGCAGGCAAAUUAGAAAUGGAAAAGAAUGCUCAGGAGUGAAGUCAGGACUGGAAACAUAUAGGCAGAGAAAUCAUUAGUGUAGAGGGAAUAAUUGAUGCCAUAUCACCAUUCUAUCUUUUCAGAUACUUUCACUGCCUUGCAUAUGUAUAGUCUUAAUGCAUUUGAGGAAUGUGUGACAACAAAGUAUCCAAGUGACUGUUGUGGGCCUCAGACCUGGGCAUUCACAAUAAGAGAAUCCCUUUAGGUAUCAGAGGACCCCAUCCUCAAGCAGUACAACAUGGUUGGCAGAAAAGCACAGACUACUUAGGAAGGAUAUUUUAAUUGAGAAGAAAAAGAGUAAAGUUAUAUACUCUCUAUAUGCUAAGUAUUGAUAAGCCCUUUGUAUGUAUACGCUGUCGCCUUUAUUUUGCAACAACUCUGUAAAGUAGGAAGUACCUUAUUUUUAUAAAUGAUGAAACUUGAGUGUAAAAGAGGCUAAGUAAUAUAAGAGCAAGGAUUUGAAUCAGAUGGGUGUUCAGUGCCACAGGGUUUUUUCUAUAUGCCACACUUUGCUAUGUUCUCCAGUAAGACCUGUCAAAUAUAUCUCUCAAGCUUAUGUGCAAUACGUUCUUCAGUUUCUUGCCUUCAUGUAAUAAGCACAGUGCUUUUGAUCUUAAAAUAUAAUUAAUUCAGUUCUGAUCAUGAGUGGCUGUUUACUUUCAAUGAGAAAGCACAUAUGUAAAGCAAAAGUUAAAAUUGGAUCAGAUAAUGUGUAUCUCUGUCCAGGUGUGCCGACUUUAUAGAAUACCUAGAAAUGCCAACAUUAGUUUAUUUUCUUUUACUCUAUUGGGUAUGUGGAACUUUAUUUAGAAGAAUAAAUUGAGAGUCCAAAGACACCUGGAGGAAAAAAUACUAAAAAACACAUUUCUAAUUAGCUGAAAAUUGUCACUACCAGAAGAGCCACGAUGUAACUCCAACUUGCAUUGUUUUAAGUAAGCACAAACAAGAUUGUGUAAUCUAAGAUACAUAAGCUAAUUUGUACUGUGCAUUUUACAGUUUUAAAGCCUGAGUGGAAAUGGGUAUAUUUACUUGUCCAUCAUUUGUUUGUAUAUUUGUGUACCUGCUUUUCAGUAAACUAGAAGCAAGAAAUGGUAUCUCAAAACUGUGGAGGAGUAUUGAAUACAGAAACAACAUGAUUGUGUGCUGUUUCUUCAGUAUUCAAAAUGAGUGAAGUUUUCUUUAUUUUCUCUCUUGAAAAACUGAUUGUUUGCUUUGUUAUUUUUGUCAUCUAUCUUAAAAUUGGCCAGUAUCCAGUGAAUUGUGAGAGAAAAUGCUAAAUAUUUAGCCUUCUAGCUAGAACUUCUUGUGCUGCUAAAUUAUGAUUUCUCAGUUGCCCCGCACUGUUAGCACACUUUCAUUCUUUAACAUUGCUCUUUGUUCCUGAGGAAAAUGCUAUAAGAAAAUAGGAAUUUCCUCUCACCAUUACGCCUCUGGCAGUGUGUUUCCAUCUAAUUCCUGGCUGGCACUCUGUCCAGGUUACAACCCCUUCUCAUUACUAGCAGAGUCUAAAUUCUGCUCAUCUACUAAAAGGGGGAUUCCAGACAGACGAGGAAACAGCUUUCAAACACUGCACUGCAGGCAUAUUAAGUUAUUCCCCCAAUGUGCAGUCGGGAAAUCAGGGACCACUUCUCUGGCGAUGAAUUCUAAUGAGCUGCUAAAGAUGCCGAAGGGUGUGUGCACACAGACGUUUUCUUUCCCCUCCCCCCUUCUUCCUUUUCCCAAGCCCCCUCUUCUCCCCGUUUCCCCUCCUCCUCCUCCUCCUUUAUCCCCUCCCUCUGUGUCUCAGUUCUGCAGUAAACGGGCUGAGGCACAUUCCUGCACUGCAAGGCUUUCUCUUAAGGAUGUUUUGUGGCUUUUGUUUGGAUUGCAGCAUGCAGAAUUACAGGUAACACUUUGAAAUUGAGCUAGACAGAUAAAUUCUGUUGAAAUGUUUUCGAAGAGGUGAAAUAAUUACAUUGGAAUCAGUGAAGAAAACGAGCUAAUUCUGUUAGUGGUAGUUAUAGUAAGAUAUUUUCAGAAAUGCCAUAAGCAGAUUCUUUUUCUCCCCCGAAAGGCUCAAAUGAGAGGAAAUGGGAUUAGAUUGAUCUGGCUUGUGAUGGAUUUUGUUUUAUGUUGAUCAUGAAACUUGCUGUUGUUUCUCUUCCUCUGUAAAGUAAGGACCAGUUAUGUGGGGUGCUGCUGAGAGUAGCCAUGAAUAGUUGUACCGGGUGGGGUGGGAUGGAGUGGGAGGGUUGAUACUAGCCUGAGCUAGCCAGGUUCUUUGAUUAGGGCAUUGGAUGCAAAAUGUAAAAUGCUCUCUCCUUUUCUUCUAUCAGCUGUUCAGAGGAGACUCAUUACAACUCUUGCUGAAGCUCCUAAUCUUCCUCCCUUCUCUUCUGCCCCUAACCCCUACCCUCAUUGGCCUGAAGACAAUGUACCCAGAGUUUGCCUUACUCCCCUGGCGCUAUGUGUAUGGUAAACCUGGUACUAUGGCCACAUCUGGGACUGGCCAGACAACUGCUGCCGGUUCUCCCUAUUCCAAGAAGGAUUUAAAGGGGAAUUACACUGCAGGCAAUGCACCAGAGCAGCAUCAGGAGCUUGGGGACUAAGGCUCCUCUGGCAUUAUUACAGACACACAGAGCUGACCGCAAUGACAGCAGCUGCUCCUUUGAACUGUUGGCAGCAGCCAAGCGGCAGCAUGAAGUGAGAGAUCACUCCUGAGCUCAAGAUGAACUCUACCUUGGAUGGUAAUCAGAGCAGCCGCCCUUUUUGCCUCUUGACAUUUGGCUAUUUGGAAACUGUCAAUUUUUGCCUUUUGGAAGUAUUGAUUAUUGUCUUUCUCACCGUAUUGAUUAUUUCUGGCAACAUCAUUGUGAUUUUUGUAUUUCACUGUGCACCUUUGUUGAACCACCAUACUACAAGUUAUUUUAUUCAGACUAUGGCAUAUGCUGACCUCUUGGUUGGGGUAAGCUGCUUGGUCCCUUCUUUAUCACUCCUCCACUACCCCCUCCCAGUAGAGGAGUCUUUGACUUGCCAAGUAUUUGGUUUUGUAGUAUCAGUUCUGAAGAGUGUCUCCAUGGCCUCUCUGGCCUGUAUCAGCAUCGAUAGAUAUAUUGCCAUCACUAAACCUUUAACCUAUAAUACUCUGGUUACACCUUGGAGACUACGCCUGUGUAUUUUCCUAAUUUGGCUAUAUUCCACCCUGGUCUUCCUGCCUUCCUUUUUCCACUGGGGCAAACCUGGAUAUCAUGGAGAUGUGUUUCAGUGGUGUGCAGAGUCCUGGCACACCGACCCCUACUUCACCCUGUUCAUCGUGAUGAUGUUAUAUGCCCCGGCAGCCCUCAUUGUGUGCUUCACCUAUUUCAACAUCUUCCGCAUCUGCCAACAGCACACAAAGGAAAUCAGCGAAAGGCAAGCCCGCUUCAGCAACCAGAGUGGGGAGACUGGGGAGGUGCAGAGCUGUUCCGAUAAGCGCUAUGCCAUGGUCCUGUUCCGAAUUACUAGUGUAUUUUACAUCCUCUGGUUGCCAUACAUCAUCUACUUCUUAUUGGAGAGCUCCACUGGCCACAGCAACCGCUUCGCAUCCUUCUUGACCACCUGGCUUGCUAUUAGUAACAGUUUCUGUAACUGUGUCAUUUAUAGUCUCUCCAACAGUGUCUUCCAAAGGGGACUAAAGCGCCUCUCAGGGGCCAUGUGUACUUCUUGUGCAAGUCAGACCAUAGCUAAGGACCCUUACACAGUUAGGAGCAAAGACCCCCUUAACGGAUGCCAUAUCUGAAGUGAUUCAGAUAUUGGAUCACUGUGUGUGUGUGUGUGUGUGUGUGUGUGUGUGUGUGUGUUUCCUUUUUAUCUCUUUGUAUCCCUAGCUUACUAGGAGAUCUGGGACAAAAUAAUUCAACUCUAAGCAGUAGCAAACAAAUGAUCCAUUGAACAUACCUUCUAAGUUUGCAGAAAUUAUUUUCUAAAAAGUGCUUUGAAUCGGAGAAUCAGGAUCAUGAAGAUAAAUUGCUCUUGGUUCCAGUUUUUGUAAUGUCAUGGAAAUGAUGACAUUUUGAAGAUUUAAAAUAAAUAAAACCAUAUCUAACACCUCUCUUCAGCUGGCAUGACUGAACCUGGGUGUGAAAAGCGUCAGCAUUUUUAAAAAGUCAUUUUCCUGUCGCUUUUCUAGGCUCUUUCUGUUUGGGCUUCAUGUGCAAUUGAAUUCUUUUAAGGGGAAUAUUAAAAAAUAGUGAUGAAUUAACAGGAUUUAAAUUUUGCUUUAUAUAUGCCAAAGUAGAACUACACUGCAGAUUUCAGCACUGUCGUUUAGAAAGCCAAAUGUUUUAUGUUUUAGGUCUUCUCUUGAGAGAAUUCUCAAUACAUAUUGUUGAAUAACAUGAACACCUAAGCGUUAAUUUUAGAAUUUUGCAGUGCACCAUGAGUGAAGCAAAAAGGCAGUCAAAUCAUACAAUUUAGGAAAAAUUGAGCUACUUUCUGUGGCAUGCUUCAUGGGGAUCUAAAGAAAUGUGUGCAUGGAAAGUGAUUGCGCUGUAGUGUUUUUGCCCAUGCCUUUGUGUGUGUGUGUAUUGAAAAUGUUUGAAUUUAGAUUUCUCUUUACAGCAAAGUGUAUUUUAAUAAGCUGAAAAACAAAUGAUAGGUUAAUGGCUGCCAUUUUUAUAAUGGUGAAAAUAUAUAGAAAUGAAUCUUCAGUCUUCUUUUUUUUUUAAUCCACAAACUUUGAUAUGUCAGAAUAUCUGGGAGAAAAAGAUGUCCUAAUAAGCAACUGAGUCAGAAAAUAUACUGUAUAUUUAACUAGUUCCUUUUUUAAAUAGAAGGGGAUUGAGAUGUUCUCUUUGUGGUUAAAUGGAAUCAACAAAGUAGCAUCUAAUCUUUUUAAAAGCUUUUUUUUGGUGUUAAGAAAUGCACAUUUGAAUGUGAGAAGGAGAAAUUCAGAUUAAGUCUCUUUUAUUGCUCUUCUCUUUCUGGACAAAAAAAUCCUUUGAUGUAACAGUUCUUUACUUAGUCUUUUUUUUUUUUUUUAAAGCCAAAGUACUAGCAAAAUCUAUAGGAUUUUUAUUAUUUAUUCUGUAGAAUUAUUGAAAGUGCUGUGUAUUGUAUGUACUGGUGAUGUUUUGUUCUUCAAGUGAUUAUCUUUAGAACAAGAAGUUUAUUUUUCUAAAAGGAGAGAAGGAUUUCCCAGCAGCUCCAGGCAUGAGAGUAUUUCCUCUGCUUUUCUACUGGUUUUAAUGUUUUGGAAGUCUUCAGGGGGCUUAUGUGAUCUCUGCCUUUGGCUAGAUGUUAUAAUCUGAAUACAACAAUGGUAUUCAGUGAGAUGGAAGAAACCCAAGGGAAAUGGGUAAAGUGGAGUUUUGAAUCCAACAAAGGAUGCAGAUAUUUAUAAAACAGGCAAAUAGGCUUUGGUUUUCUGUCAUGAUAUUAGAAAACCUACUACCCCUUUUAAUAUAAAGGGCAGCAUUCUUAACGAUUUUAGGUCUUAGAUUUUAACUUCAAAUGUGUGCUCUACUUUAAACUUUUUUAUUUUAAGUGAAUAAGUAUUACAUAAACAUUUAAAUUUCAGAUUCUGAAUUCUUCCCAAAAGCUUGCUUGCUCUUUAUAUUUAGUACUAAAAAACUUGAUUCUAAGCUGUUUCAGUAUUUAGAACUCAUGUUGAAAUUGCAAGUUAUAUUAUCAGUGGCUCUGUUAAAUUGCCAUUUGAAUUGAAAAACCUUUUCUCUUGGAUUUUGAGAAAUGGUUAUGCAUAUUUCUCCUUUAUUUACAUGGCCACAAAUCUAAAGAAAAACAGAGUUUCCUUUUUCUUCAUGCAUGUUGGAGAAAGUAACCUGUUCAGAUUUGCAGUUUGCUUGUGAGUUUUAGUUUAGCAAAGAUGAGAAUCUUAAAGAUUAAUUUUUAUAAAAAACUGAUGUUAAAUCGGUGGAGUUUUGCUUUUGGGGGAUGCUGAGCCCUUUUAAUUUUUUCCUGCAGUAGCAUUCCAUCUUGUGAGAAAGAGAAAACUCUUUGAGAAAGAUCUUAUGGAAAUUUUAUGGAAAGAGCCACUGGAAGUGGCUAAUCAAGCUGAUCUUUUUUUUUAAUUUUUUAAUUUAUUUUUUUUUAAUUUACAUCCAAAUUAGUUAGCAUAUAGUGCAACAAUGAUUUCAGGCGUAGAUUCCUUAGUGCCCCUUACCUGUUUAGCCCAUCCUCCCUCCCACAACCCCUCCAGUAACCCUCAGUUUGUUCUCCAUAUUUAUGAGUCUUUUCUGUUUUGCCCCCCUCCCAGUUUUUAUAUUAUUUUUGCUUCCCUUCCCUUAUGUUCAUCUGUUUUGUCUCUUAAAGUCCUCAUAUGAGUGAAGUCAUAUGGUAUUUGUCUUUCUCUGAGUAAUUUCAUCAAGCUGAUCUUUUAAUGACUCAAAAGACACCUCUUUUAAUAAGAGCUUUUUUGUUAACAGAUUUUUACAUUUUUAUCCUGGUACCAAAUUUAGAUGUUAUUAGAAAUACUUUUUUCACAUAAGAAUCUCUGUCAACAUCUCAGCCUAAAACUAGAGACUCCAUACACUAAUUUUAAAGAAAAAUCCCCCCGUUCCCCCACUGGUAAACUUGCUUAAUACCAGAUGUCUUUCCAGUUUAUCUGUCUUCAUUGGACUGUAUAAAGUCUACGUUUUCUUCCAGUUACCAGUUCUUUUCUCACAUUCAUUGAUUGUCUAUACUGCCUUUUAAUUUUUAUUUUCUUGUGUGUGUGCAUGUUAGGGGAGAACGGGGUGAGCCUGGAUGUCAGCAGUCAAUCUUUAGUGGCUAGGGGCAUUUUCUAUGUGAUACAUGUGGACAGUUCAUAUUAAAGUAACCUUUUCAUCUUGGCAUACUUAGUGCAACAUUUGAUGACGUUUGGUUUAAAUACCAAUCUUGCUAGUUCAGAAUGAAAAAAAGUAUAUUUUUAGAUUCAAUUACCUUGGGCUUUGGCAAGACAGUGCAUUUAACUAUAUAUGGUAUGUGACUGAUAUCAGAGGAAGCACAAGCUUUUGGUAAUUGUGUUGAAAUUAUUUCAUAGUAAAUGUUCAGAUAAGACAAUACUAAUUGUUACAUUUGUAAAUUAGUUAUACGUUUUUAUACAGUGAUUUCAGAGAAGAUGUUUUUUUUUUCCUCUUAGAGCAGAAAAGCAGCUGCAAAAGGACAAGUGGUCUACUUUAAUGAAAGAACUGUCUUACACCAGAAAGGGUAUUUGAAUUUUUCAUGGAUCUGUUGACUCCCAAAUUCCAUUUUGUAAAGGGUUUUCCUUAAGCUUUAUUGCUGGAUGAAUUUCUUUUUGAGCCUUUUCUAAUGGCUUUUCCUUUUUACUUGAAUAAUGGUCUCAGUAUUUUAAGGAUUGGGAAAACUUGAAUUUUUAUACUAUAAAUGCAUUGUCCACUCACUCUUUGAACUUGAAAAUGAAGCAACAGGGUUACAAGUUCCCAGACAGUGGAGUGGUUUCUGGGAGAGUUUCCUCAGCCUUUCAGGUUUGAUUGAAAAAUCUGCACAGUGGCUUUGUAGGAAAUGUUUUAAUUUUGCUAUGUGUUUUUGUAUCAUAGAAGACUUGUGAAAUAAAUUAUUGGCAAACCAGAAUUUUUUGUUAUAUGAGCACAUUGUGGGAAGAUUAAAGUGGGAGAAAUGUGGCAUUUACGAUUUUUUUAAGUCUUCACAAAUUGUUCUCUGUGUUGUUUUGCAUAAUUUUUCUAUUUCAGGUUGAAGGAAAACUAACUAUUUUAUAUUAAGUGUACAUAUUAAUAUAUUUUACAUGCCCUGGCAUUAUUCUAGACAUUUCUUAUAGCUGAAAAUGAGUCAUUUGGCUUUUCUUCAAAAUUUGGGUGACAAGGGCACCAUGAUAUGAUUAAAUUGAACUUUGAAUUGAGAAAAAAUCCAGGUUUCUGUUACAAAUUAACUAGUUUUAUAAGUGCAAGUCACUUCUCCAAGCACUUAAUUUCUUCUAUAAAAGGAGAUAAUAAUCCCCUUAUCCCUCAUAGGGUUACUUUGGCAAUUGAAUUAGAUAAUGGAUGUAAAAGUACUUUGUAAUAUGUAAAGUGCUUUGCAAUAAAAAUGAGUACUAUUAUUUGUAUCUGCCAUGGUUUCACAUCUGAGGAAGUCACACAUAAUGGAAUGGUGUCCCCCUACAUUAAGGUCUUAGAAGCUCAGUGCUGGGUGACUAUUCCUAUGCUAGUUAGCAAUCCCAAAUUUGAGAAGAGAGGCAUGAUAAAUCCUCGCCGUUCUAAAAUGACAGUAGUGUUAAAUUCAUAAAACUGUUUUCAUUUACUUCCUUUACUUGUCUGUAAAGUCUCUAAAGGCAGGGACAGUGUCUCUUCAUAUCUUCAUCCCCAAAAUCUAACAUGGGAGCUGGCUCAGAGCAGAAGUUUUAUAGUAAACUUUACAAAAUUAAUGAAUGAUUCUUUCUAAUCAUUAGUUCUAGUCAUUAUACAGCAGUAAUGUUCAAAAGGAGGUCCAGAGCCCACAAGCACUUGUGUUUGCUCAAGGCUGUUCUAGACUGUAAAUGACAAAAGAUAGCUUUUUAAUACCAAGAGACUAGUGUCGGAGUAUAUGUGCGCUGUAUGGCAGGUAACUUUACACCUGGAAACCUGGUAGCCUUGACCCAGGGAACUUCAGACACUGCUGUCAAACUGCCAGUUUCUCACAGCAUGGAUAAGAAACAGGUAUUUGGAUCACAUCACCUUCUUGGCUCUGAAUGCAGAUAAGGUAGGCUGUAAAAAUCUGUCACAAGAAAAGAGGAAGUAUAUAGACUAUCUUGGUGAAAGAAGCUAUUCUGUGGUUUUGCUUUGUCUCUCAGUCUUUACCAGUUUUUUAGUUUUGUCUUCCUUUCUUUUCUUAACAUGCGUUGGUCAUGUAUUCAGAGAGAUGUGCUUCAGAUGACACUGCUGCGGGUUGUGGAAAAUUCUAUUUGCAAUAACAGUGGGUUUAGGGAAAGCUUAAACAAUCGGGAAGCCCUUAUGCACCAAGCUCCACUCUAUACCAGACAUUGCAAAUAGCUGGCCUCAGAGGGAUAUAAAGAAGGAUCACCGGGGCGCCUGGGUGGCUCAGUUGGUUAAGCGUCCAACUUCUGCUCAGGUCAUGAUCUCGUGGUUCGUGAUUUCGAGCUCCCCGUCGGGCUCUGUGCUGACAGCUCAGAGCCUGGAGCCUGCUUUGGAUUCUGUGUCUCCCUCUUUCUCUGUAGCCCUCCCCCUCCACUUGCACUCUGCUUCUCUCUCUCUCUGCCUCUCUCUCUCUCUCUCUCUCUCUCUCUCUCAAAAAAAGAAAAAAGAAAAAAGGAUCACAUGCUUCCUUUCUUGUAGAACUUUAUAGUUUUUAGAUAUUUCAUAUGGAAAAAUUCUGUGAUUAUUUGCCUUUCCAAAAACCUCACCAGAGUAACCUUAUCUGGAGGAAUUUACCAAGACUUUCUGGUGGGACGCUAGGUAUACUGUGCUUCUGUUUUGGGGGUGAGUUCGCUUGAUACCAGUGUAUAAAAAUCAUUAUGUCACUUUAUUAGUUUAAAAUAAAUCCGUGGGGCGCCUGGGUGGCUCAGUCAGUUAAGUGUCUUACUUUGGCUCAGAUCAUGAUCUCAUAGUUUGUAGGUUUGAGCCCUGUGUCGGGCAUUGUGCUGGAUCCUGCUUCGGAUUCUGUGUCUCCCUCUCUCUCUGCCCCUCCCCCUGCUCAUGCUCUGUCUCUUUAUCUCUUUCAAAAAUAAACAUUAAAAAAAAUUUUUUUUAAUAACAUAAGAAAUCUGUAGUGGCAGUAGGGACCAGUUGUUCCCCAAUGGUAGAUCUUCAUGAGAGGCCAAACCAUAUUCAGUGUGUUGCUUGGUGAAGGUAGAAUUUCAGAAUGUGGUUUUGUAGUGUGAACAUUUAUUGGUAUCUGAUUAAGCCCAUCUCCACAAUGAGAAAACCUGAUCAUUAGGAUCAUAAUAAAAGUGGAAAGCAUCUCUACUGGCCAACCCACCUUCUCAUUGAUGUUUAAUUGACGUGUUAUUUCUUAGGUUUAAUUAACUUCUUUUGUACUUGUCAGUUAGUAAAAUUGCUUGUAAUUUGUAGUAGUCUUACAAGCCUGCUACUCAUUCUUUCUUUUUGAGGUGGUUUUAUAUCACUGGUCUUACCUUUUACCGUACAACAUACUGUUUCAUGAUUUAAUAUUCAAAGGGUAGCCGGCCAUAUUACUUUGUCAGUUGUGGGGACCAGCUCAUUUUGGUUUUCAUGCAGUACCUAUAUACUGUCCAAUUAGAAAAGGAAGAUAUAUGAAAAUACUUAUAAAAAUUAACAGUGUCAGUCAAAUAGGAUUGAAACAUUAAAUAUACAGAAUGUCAUAUCUAGCAAAGGAGAUGGGGAGGGACAUUUGGACUAUAAAAGAUUUUAGUGCUCAUUUGGUCUGAUUCUCUCUUUUUACAGACAGUAAACCAAUCCACUGACCACACAUCUAUUUAUGAUAAUAUCCAGACUUACUUCGAAUCCAUUGCCUUCUCUUAUUACACCAUGUUGCUUUUACAGAAGUGUUUGACUUCAAUUAGCCAAGCCCUGAAUGAGUAAGAUUUAAAAAAAAUUUUUUUACAUGUUUAUUUAUAUUUAAGAGAGAGAGAGAGAGAGAGAGAGAGAGAAUGCACAAGUAGGGGAGGGCCAGAGAGUGAGACGGAGAUAGAAUCUGAAGCAGGCUCUAGGCUCCAAGCUGUCAUCACAGAGCCAGAUGUGGGGCUCGAACCCAGGGGCUGUGAGAUCAUGACCAGAGCCAAAGUCGUACACUUAACUGACUGAGCCACCCAGGUACCCCAUGAAUAAGAUUUAAAUAGACUAAAAUGGUGUGUGUGUCUGUCUAUGUGUCUACGUGUGUGUGUGGAAUUUUAGGUACUGGACGCAUUAUGGGCAACAAUAUAAAUGUUAAUCAAGGCUUAUUAUGUUUCAGGAGAAUUUUGUAAACUUUGUCUUAUUUAAUCCUUCCAAUACUGCAUGAGCUAGUGGCUAGCAUUAACCCAUCAUGUAGAUGAGGAAACUGAGAUUUAGAGUUGCCAGAAUUGUACAGUUAAUAAGUAAAAAAUCUAUUGGAGCACCCAGGUGGCUCAUUUGGUUAAGCAUCUUACUUCGCUUCGGGUUGUGAUCUAAUGGUUCGUGAGUUCAAGCCCUGCAUUGGGCUAUCUGCUAUCAGCACAGAGCCUGCUUCAAAUCCUCUGUCUCCCUCUCUCUCUGCCCCUCCCCUGAUCACUCACACUCUUCCCCCCCGCAAAAAUAAAUAAACAUUAAAAAAAGAAAAGUAAGAAAUCUAGGAUUCAAAACCAGAUCUUUCUGACUCCAAAGCCUAUAUUCUUACCUCAUUUAGUUCUCACAGAAACCUUUCUGGUAGUUCUUUUUUAUAUCCCUAUUUUACAGGUUGAGGAAACUUAGAGAGAUGAAGAAAAUUUUGUCAGUAUAUCAGCUGACUCUGAGACUUGAAAACAUCACAGACUUUCUGCCAAAUACAGCAUAUUGAGUGUGAAUGUUUAUUUCUGUUAACUGCACUGAAAAGAAUAGCAAGGGUAUAAUACAUGUGGACAGAGAGAAGAGGAGCAGAAAUGAUGGCAGAUAAAUGAAGCCAACAAAGGUUUGGAAUAUAGAAACCUAGUAGGUAAGUGGUAAGUGACUCAGCAGUCAACAAAGCUGAAUCCUAAAGUCAAGCUGCCCAGGGGCAAAAAGAAGCAAGCUGAUUUCACUGUAGAACCUGGUAAAUACUUGAUAAUUGGAUCCCGAGAUGCCUCUACAGGCAGAGAAUAGUAUGAAGCUGAAAAGUGAAGAAUUGUUAGGAAGUUUAUGUAAGCAACAUUUAAAUACCCCUCCACACCACCUUGAUCACCAUCCCAAGCUGCCCCAAGCAGGCAACUGGUUUUUCACCAUCCCAGCAGGAAGUGGGAGAUUUCCUCUUUGGAGAAGAGGUCAAACCACAGACCUUCUGGAUGCCAGACAUAGCUGAGGAUGGCACUAAGAUACCUUUGAAAAGUUGGGUGUCACGAGAAAGUCUGCAUAUUAAAUACUCAGUCUCCUUGUCCCUCUGCACUCCCAGAAUGCUCUCAGCCAGCCUUAAAUGAGUCUAGUCUGGGGACUGAUGUUUGAAGGCUCCCAAACCAGUCACAUUACCUGCCCAAAGCACCUUUAAGUUGGCGCUUCUCAGUCAAUAAAUUCCACCUAUGCCUACAGAGCUUCCAAGUAACUUUUUACUCCUCUUUUACUAUUAACAAUCAGCCAGAGGGGCGCCUGGGUGGCGCAGUCGGUUAAGCGUCCGACUUCAGCCAGGUCACGAUCUCGCGGUCUGUGAGUUCGAGCCCCGCGUCAGGCUCUGGGCUGAUGGCUCGGAGCCUGGAGCCUGUUUCCGAUUCUGUGUCUCCCUCUCUCUCUGCCCCUCCCCCGUUCAUGCUCUGUCUCUCUCUGUCCCAAAAAUAAAUAAAAAACGUUGAAAAAAAAAAAAAAUUAAAAAAAACAAACAAACAAAAAAAA